AUGUCACAUUAUGAAUCAUCGUCCAGUCGGCAAGAAUUACAACCACAAGAUAGACUAUUAUUUCAACCGAAUUCAACAGCGUCGUCACCAUUAUUACCGCCAUCACCAUCGUCGGCUCUAUCAUGGCUAUUAACUGGACCGAAUUCUAUUACCAAUCAUUUGACUGCACAGAAUCCCUAUGUACUCACUACAAUGCCGAAUUCUAACAUCACUGAAUCUACAUCAAUUACUACAAAAACAACAGCAACAACUUCUGAUUUGUUAAGUCGUCUUGCAAAAUGCGUGUGCACUAACACAUCUUCCUCCCCGUCUUCGUCUACUUCGACGUCUUCUUCUGUGAGAUCAUUGUCUUUAAAAGCCAAUCACAACACAGUAAACAACAAUGAAUUACAAUCUCAAAUGAAUACAUUUCCAGUUGUAUCUGCUCAAAAUACUGCGAAAAACGCAAUACCGAGUUAUGCAUAUUAG